UCAGAAUGAAGACAAAGAUCAGGGUGAUGUAGGUGGAGAAAAGAUUCCUAAUAGGAGAUUUUUUUCUCUUUCCCAAAUAACUGCCUUGUUAGAAGAAGAUCUGGAAGGAGUUGAAAAGAAGCUGGAAGAAUUUCUGAAUCUUACACAACGAAAGACAUCUUUAAAAGAAACUAUUUUACUAGAGUAUUAUGCUGCAGGAUUUUGGUGGGGUAAAGAAAUGAACUUCAGUCUUAUCCAGCUCUCACGAUUCUUGGAUCUAUUAAAUUUCUCCUUGGAGAAUGUCAGCAGCAAACGUAUGACCUUGGGAGAAAAUUUAAAAGAACUUGAAAGAGCAAUGACUGGAAUAGGAGAAACUGAGUCAGAAGAAGGAGGUUACCUGAAUUUAUUCAGCAUUGAGCAAUCCAAAGCAAUCAUUGAUUUCUUGGUUGUCAGCUUAUUUAAACACUAUAAAGCGUAUGAAUACCUCUUCCACGGUCGUAGAGAGGAACGUGUGAUAAGUAAUGAGAAUGAGAUUGAACUUGACCAACCUGCAGUUUCCCCCUCGGCUUCAGCGAUAGAUUCUCAGGCAGACUUAAAUGAAAAGCUGCAAAUGCAGGAAGAAGCUUAGACUUGGAGAACAGAAAAAUUGAAAAUUCCUAAAUAGCCAGAUAAGAAAGGUGAUGCUGGGUUUUGCAGUAAUUGGGCAGUAGGGGAUGGCACAUAGAGAGGCUGGCUCACUACCUGAACCAAAUUAUUUUUGUGUGGAGGAAAAUGGUUCUGUUAACAUUUACCUGGAAGUAUUUCAUCCCAGUUCCUCAAAUUUACGGUGUUCUGACAGUGUUGUUGCUUAGUUUAGACUUAAGUUGGAGAUUAUAAACAGAAGGACACAUAAUUAAAACAUGUUGAAGUUCAGUUUAUUUCUGAAUACAAAUUCUAACUUAAAAAAAAAAAAGCUGCAGUUUCAUUCUCCCAGUUGUGAAAUACUUAACAGUUUCUGCUUUACACCUAUGGUUUUUUUCAGGAAAUGUUGCUACAAGGAAAAUACAUAGAGGGAAAACAUUAUUUUGAGGCACUGUGGAUAUAAUAGGGAGAGAAUUUAAUUAACAUGUAAUUACGCACCUUGCACUGUAGCUAUUCAUUAAUAAUAUGUAUGUUAUUUUGUUUUAAUUUUCUUCCUAAGCUUUAAAAAAAAUUUAAUAGCUUACACUUUCUUUCAACCAUAUUAAAAUUGCAUAACUGAAGAGUUUGCACUUAAGAUUCCAAGAAGAGUUUCUUUAGAUUUCAGUGGAUUUUUUUCUGGAAUGCAUGUAUCCUUUCAUCUGAGAAUGUUUCCAUAUUUUGUCAGACAUUAUAGAAAUGUUUCAUGCUCAAAAGGAAUCCAAUCAAAUAAAUGACCU